UCUUGAUCGACCUUUGGCCGAAUUGGUGCAUUAUCUUAUUUGAGCUCGUCUUCCUAGCUAGGCCUUGUUUUGUUACACAUUAUGGAUUUGGAGACACAUCAUACUCUACGUGUUAGGUGAUCUCUGCAUCUGGUCGCUACAACUAUGUUUGUUGAGCUAAACAACUGUGUUUUCUUGGAUUUCCAUGUCCGAGCUCUCUUGAUCGACCUUUGGCCGAAUUGGUGCAUUAUCUUAUUUGAGCUCGUCUUCCUAGCUAGGCCUUGUUUUGUUACAUGUUUUGUUUAGGAAGGUUACUUCUGCAGCCUCCAAACCAAGAUCUUGGUUUGGUCCAAAUGGUCAGGGGAAGAGGUUAUACUCCAUGUGCGGAGUGUGGAAUAGAAAGAUCUCGAUCAGAUUGUUCUCUAUGUAAUGGAAAGGGAGUUACCUCCCAUCAGUGCCUUUGAUAUUGUGUUAUUUGGCUGGAGUCACUUGAUGAGCAACCAUGGGAAAAAAUCUCGCUCAAUGUAAUUUUUUCUCAUCCUGGUUCAACUAGCAAGUCAGCUAAUAAUUUGCCAGUGUCAUCCUACAAAUUUAUCUCUUUCUCAUCAUCUAUUGAUCGCAUGCUUAUACUUGAUUUAACAACCUACGCACAAUUAGUCCUUGAAAUGUCUGUGUUCUAUAAUGUGCAUGGUGCAUUAUUUAAAGAUAUAUGUGCUCCUUUUCAACUUCAAGCAGUUAGUAAUCAGUAUAAAUGUGCAUGGAACUUCUGUUCUCUAAAAGUGAAGGAAGAUGAUGAAGUGGACAACAUGGAUAUAUAGCUGCACAUGAAGAGAAAAUCCAAGCAUGUUUAUCAAUCAUCUUCUCUGAAAAGCCCUGCACCUUCCUGGACUAAUUGCUUCUGUAUUCUGUUAGUUAUUUACCAUGAUAUUGCAUUUAGUUCAAGUAAGUUUCUCAAUCAAUCUACUAUUUCGAAGUGCAUUCUAGUAAAAUAUAGCGCUCAAACAGUCUCUAGUAAAGGGAUGAAGAUAAUCCACGGUAAACCUAUGCUUCGUGCACACAGAGUGGCGACCAUCAAGAAAGCUAAAGGCACUGCUGCUGCAAGGAAGCGUGCUUCUGAAGCUAUGAAAACUUACUGCUGCAAGAGAAGCAUUUCAAUGAAAGGGGUGAAAUUUUACUGCAGAAAUUGUAGACGGGAGGGGCACAGGAGAAAUUAUUGCGCAGAAGUUCACUAUAAGUUAAACGAUUCAGAUCCCAAUUGUUGGAGAAAAGGGCAUAACCGAAGAGCCUGUCCAAGAUCAAAAUCAAAUGACCAGAAGAGCACAGUGCCAAGAAACCAUCAUUGAAAAAUUUGUGAGUACAUGUCCACUCCAAACCUAUGUAGAAUCAAAAAGUUGUGGCUGGUGCUGGAAACAGAGUUCCAAUUGUCUCUCGAAAGAGGACAUUCACUUGCCACCUUAGCUCUGAGAAAGGGCACAAUAUAAGGACUUGUCUUGUAGAAAAUGACAACUCGGGAACAUCAUUGUUCAUCGAGUGAUCGUGUCCUUUCUUUAAUUCUUCAUCAUGCUUGUGCAUGUUAUGAGCAAUUGUAUUUUUCUAACUUUCUUUGACGGACCCUUGUGACAUGUUUAGUAGGGAGGAAUGAAUAGCACUCCGAACAAUAUUAAGAAAGUUAAAAUUUUGUAUUUUUAUAGUGUACAUAUCUAAUAUUGUGUACUAAAUGUGCCCUUGAUGUAUGUGGCAA